AUGGUCGGCAAGGACUGUGUCGCAAUAGCCUGCGAUCUCCGUCUCGGCCUCCAAGCCCUCACCGUCUCCAACAACUUCCCCAAAAUCUUCCAGUACGGCGACGUCUUCCUCGGUCUCACCGGCCUCGCCACCGACGUCACGACCGUCGGCGACCUCUUCCGCUACAAGGUCAACAUGUACCGCCUCCGCGAGGAGCGCAACAUCGCCCCGACCACCUUCGCCAACCUCGUCAGCUCCUCCCUCUACGAGCGCCGCUUCGGCCCGUACUUCGUCUCCCCCGUCGUCGCCGGCCUUGACCCCAAGACGGGCAAGCCCUUCAUCUGCGGCUUUGACAGCAUCGGCUGCAUCGACUUCGCCAAGGACUUCAUCGUCUCUGGUACGGCGUCUGAACAGCUGUUCGGCAUGUGCGAGAGCUUAUGGGAGCCGGAUCUGGGCCCUGAUGAGCUCUUCGAAACCAUCUCCCAGUCGCUUCUGAACGCCGUUGACCGAGAUGCACUAUCCGGAUGGGGAGCGCACGUGUACAUUAUUGAGAAGGACAAGGUCACCAAGAGACUGCUCAAGGGCAGACAAGACUAA